AUGGGCAUGGCAGGUCAUCGUGGGACAACGUGGCUUCUUCCUGUUGUCCUCCUUUUCCUCCAGAUGAGGCAGACAGUCAUACCAAAGUUCUGCAGAAUAAACAACGGGGACUGUGAGCAGUUCUGCAGCGUCCAAAGAGAUGGGCGGAAGGAUGUGGUGUGCUCCUGUGCAGAUGGAUAUGUUCUAGCAGAGGAUGGCAAACACUGUGUUGCAACAGUAAAAUACCCUUGUGGAAAAGUUUCUGUGGUAAGGAAGAAAAGGUCUGUUCUUUCACCCGCUGACCACAGCAAUGUAACGAGUGAUCAGGAAGACCCUCCUCCAUACGAAAUGACCACAGAGGAGAACUUUGUAAUUACCACAGAAAGCCCAACGCCUCCACCUGACAACAGAACAAGCAGCAAGACUCCCUAUGUUGAUACCAGGAUAGUUGGUGGGGAUGAGUGCCUUCCUGGCCAAUGCCCAUGGCAGGCGGUUCUGUUAAACGAGGAAGGAGAAGAGUUUUGUGGUGGAACUAUUCUGAAUGAAAACUUUAUACUUACUGCAGCUCAUUGCAUAAACCAGUCCAAAGAAAUCAAAGCCGUUGUUGGUGAAGUGGACAGAGAGAAGAAGGAGCAGUCUGAAUCAAUGCACACUGUGGACAAAAUAUACGUUCACUCCAAAUUUGUUGCGGAGACUUAUGAUAAUGACAUUGCUUUAUUAAAGCUGAAGGAACCUAUCAUGUUUUCAGAGUACGUCAUCCCAGCAUGUCUCCCCAAAGCAGACUUUGCUAAUGAAGUUCUGAUGAAGCAGAAGUCUGGGAGGGUUAGUGGCUUUGGGCGGGAAUAUGACGGUGGACAACUCCCAAAGAAACUGAAGGUGCUUGAACUCCCCUAUGUUAAUAGAAGCACUUGUGAGCAAUCCACUUACUUUGUGGUAACGGAGAACAUGUUCUGUGCUGGUUAUGACACAGAGGAAAAAGAUGCUUGCCAAGGAGACAGUGGUGGCCCCCAUGUGACCAGAUACAAGGAUACUUAUUUUGUUACUGGAAUUGUUAGCUGGGGUGAAGGAUGUGCAAGGAAAGGCAAAUAUGGGGUCUACACCAAACUGUCUCGGUUCCUGCGCUGGGUAAGGACAGUCAUGAGCGGCAGGAGGUGCUCCUCAAGCCCCUGCCAGCACAAUGGUGUGUGUGAGGACAGCAUCCGUGGCUACACCUGCACCUGUGCUGAGGGCUACGAGGGAGAGAACUGUGCUUUCGCUAAAAAUGAAUGUCACCACCAAGCAAAGGUAGGAUGUGACCACUUCUGCUAUCCUGGAAGGGAUUCCUACCGCUGCUCCUGUGCUGAUGGCUACGAGCUUGGGAAGGAUAAAAAACAGUGCAUUGCAUUAGAUGCAUGUGCAUGUGGCAGACUUCAAGACAGUGAUAACCUUAUAAGUGAAACCAGGAAGAAAAGUGAUGAGCGAUUUCCUUGGCAGGUACUGCUGCUAAACCCAGAAAGGAAAGGCUUCUGUGGAGGAGUGUUGCUAAAAAGUAACUUCGUGUUGACCACAGCAGAGUGUGCCCUUCUGCACAGCCGUUUUCAAGUCAGGGUUGGGCCUAAAGGAACAAGUGGAACUGGGAAGAUAAUGCAGAUUAGGGAGAAGCACAUCCACAUCCGCUACGAUGAAGACACUGGUGAGAACAACAUUGCAUUACUACAACUUCAAGAGCAUGUUGAGUGUGACAGCUCCCACCUUCCUGUGUGCACCCCUGAGAGAGACUUUGCAGAACAUGUUUUAAUUCCAAAACUGGCUGCUACAGUCAGUGGCUGGAGAGUGGAGGGUGAUGAACUUCAAGGUGAAGAGCUGCAGGUUUCAUACCUGCCUGCUGAGGACUGCAAGCAAAUCCUCAACAUCACUCUCACAAACAGGCAGUUCUGUGGGCACCUCCAGGAGGCUGUAGGCAAACACCUGGCUGGAGGAAGCUUUUUGGUUACUGAGUACAAGGGCACGUGGUUUCUGACUGGUAUCCUGGGAUCCUGGCCGCUGGAAGACACCGACUGGGAAACACUGCUUUUCACCAACACUGCAAGGUAUAUGGAUCCAUACACGUAA